GUGGGGGCCUGACUCUACAAAGCGCAUGCGCUGCUGCCGGCAGGCUGCUGUUAGUUCGCUCUCUUGUGGCAGCUGCAGGGAUCCGUAGUUGGUGAAUUUCUUGGUUUGUUUGGCUUCGGGGAGUAAAAUCCAACAGGCCUCGUUCGGCCCGGUAUCGGUAUGGGCUCCACUGCCAUCCAGAUCCCGAACCGGCUUCCUCUGCUCCUGACAAACGAAGGCGUUUUACUGCCCGGCUCCUCGGUGCGCUUUAGCGUGGAAACUUCUCGAAACAUCCAGCUGGUGAAGAGCCGCCUCCUGAGGGGGACCUCGGUGAAAAGCACUAUCAUCGGGGUCAUCCCUAACACCAGGGACCCCGACAGCGAGUCCGACGAGCUGCCUCACUUACACAGGAUUGGCACAGCUGGUAUUGCUGUACAGGUAGUGGGUAGUAAUUGGCCAAAGCCACACUAUACUCUGUUGAUCACAGGCCUCUGUCGGUUUCAAAUAGUUGAAGUACUGAAGGAGAAGCCAUAUCCAGUGGCUGAAGUGGAGCAACUUGAUCGGCUGGAUCAAUACACAAAUGGUAUUGGGGAGCUGAGUGACCUUUCGCAACAGUUCUACAAAUAUGCAGUACAGUUGGUGGAGAUGUUGGAUAUUUCAGUACCAGUGGUUGCCAAGCUAAGAAAUUUGCUGGAUAGCCUUCCUAAAGAAACAUUACCUGACAUAUUGGCAGCGAUUAUCCGCACAAGUACGAAUGAAAAGCUGCAGAUACUAGAUGCUGUUGGUUUAGAAGAGAGAUUUAAAAAGACCAUACCAUUGCUUGUUCGGCAAAUUGAAGGACUAAAAUUACUUCAAAAAACUCGGAAGUCUAAGCCAAAUGAUGAUAAAAGGAUUGUGGCCAUUCGACCUUUUCGGAGAAACAAUCAAGUUCCUGGAAGAGCUUUGUAUUUGGAUACUGUUGAAGAGGAGGAUGACGAUGAUGAUGGUGAUGAUAUUAUCAUGUUGGAGAAGAAGAUUAAAAAUACAAAUAUGCCAGAGCAGGCAAUGAAAGUUUGUAUUAAGGAGAUCAAAAGGUUAAAGAAGAUGCCUCAGUCUAUGCCAGAGUUUGCUUUGACCAGGAAUUAUCUGGAACUAAUGGUGGAACUUCCAUGGAAUAAAAACACAACAGAUCGCCUAGAUCUUCACGCUGCAAGAGUUUUACUUGACAGUGACCAUUAUGCAAUGCAGAAGCUCAAGCAGAGGGUGUUGGAGUACCUUGCAGUUAGACAACUUAAAAACAACCUUAAAGGACCUAUCCUUUGCUUUGUGGGACCUCCUGGUGUGGGCAAGACCAGCGUGGGCAGAUCAAUAGCAAAGACCCUCGGCAGGGAGUUUUACAGGAUAGCAUUGGGUGGAGUAUGUGAUCAGUCUGAUAUUCGUGGUCACAGACGAACAUAUGUGGGCAGCAUGCCUGGCAGAAUAAUCAAUGGCCUAAGAACUGUUGGAGUGAAUAAUCCGGUGUUCCUGUUGGAUGAAGUAGAUAAAUUAGGAAAAAGUCUACAGGGGGACCCUGCAGCUGCUCUGUUAGAGGUGUUGGAUCCUGAGCAGAAUCAUAGUUUUACUGACCACUACUUAAAUGUCUCCUUUGACUUGUCCCAAGUGAUUUUCAUAGCCACAGCCAAUACUACUGCUACCAUUCCCCCAGCCUUGCUCGAUAGAAUGGAGCUCAUCCAAGUGCCAGGUUAUAUUCAGGAGGAGAAGAUUGAAAUUUCUCACAGACACUUGAUUCCUAAACAGUUAGAGCUGCAUGGACUAACACCUCAGCAAAUUCAAAUUCCCAAAGAGGCAACUGAAGGUAUCAUCAGCAGAUAUACCAGGGAGGCAGGUGUUCGCUCUCUUGAGCGAAAGAUUGGAGCUAUUUGUCGUGCUGUGGCUGUAAAAGUGGCAGAAAGUCAACACAAGGCUGCAAAUUCCAGCGGCACACAUGUGAGCGAGAAAGAAGGAAAAGAGAGAGUGGGUGAGGAGACAAAAUCUGAAUCCAUCAAUGACGCAACUGACCUCGCAUUUCCUCCUGAAAUGCCAAUUGUGAUUGAUCGGCACGCACUGAAAGAUAUUCUAGGACCUCCUAUCUAUGAAAUGGAGGUAUCCCAGCGCCUGAGCCAGCCUGGGGUGGCAAUAGGCUUGGCUUGGACACCAUUAGGUGGUGAAAUCAUGUUUGUGGAAGCAAGUCGAAUGGAAGGAGAGGGUCAGCUGACUCUAACAGGGCAGUUAGGGGAUGUUAUGAAAGAAUCGGCCCAUCUUGCAAUAAGUUGGCUGCGCAGCAAUGCAAAGAAAUAUCACUUCACAAAUGCUGGUGGAAGCUUCGAUCUCCUUGACAACACCGACAUACAUCUACACUUUCCAGCUGGAGCUGUUACAAAAGAUGGCCCAUCUGCUGGUGUCACUAUAGUAACCUGUCUUGCCUCUCUGUUCAGUGGCCAUUUGGUGCGUUCUGAUGUAGCUAUGACAGGUGAAAUAACACUGCGAGGCCUUGUUCUACCAGUGGGUGGAAUAAAGGAUAAAGUUCUAGCUGCACACAGAGCUGGUCUGAAGAGAGUUAUCCUACCAAAACGAAAUGAGAAGGACCUAGAUGAGAUUCCUGCCAAUGUGAGAGAAGAUCUGGAUUUUGUACCUGCUUUUUGUUUGGAUGAUGUACUUAAUGCUGCAUUUGAUGGAGGAUUUCCAGCAGAAUCAAGACAAAGUAUUUUGAAUAGUAAACUCUAAAAUCUUUGCUACUUAAAUCUGUUUUCAAUGUAGGCUGAAAUUUAAAGCAAGUUUCAUGAUGCAACUAGCACACAAUUUCUGAAGAAAUCAUUGUACUUGAUUUAUAAUGCUUUACAGAAUAAGAGGAUGCUGACUUACACCCACAGAUAUCUGAACUGUACUAUGUUGUCAAAGGCGGGGGUACAAUGUGAAGGCAAAACACUUACCUUGGGCAAAGAGGGAAAAUUAUUUGGGGGCCAUAAUACCUACCUUUCAAUGGCUAACUUUUGAGCUUAUUGAUUUGGGCUUUUUCAACAAGAAAUGGCAUAUCACCUGGUGAUAGAGAAUAAUAUAAAACAAAAAAAUGUGAUAAAUACAUUAAAUCUAUUUUGCCAAAAUUACAUUUUUUAAAAAGUUAGUAAUGUUCCUGUUACAUUGUGGCACACACAAUCUAAGAAAUUUACUUGGACCUGUGCCCAGCAACAAUAAUGACGGAUCUGUUAUUAAAAACUUAGCUAAUUUAUAAAGUGAUGGCCUUUAACCGUUAAUGCUCUUAGCUGUAAUGUUGGCAUAAAAUUUUCUAACCUAACAUAGACAUGCUUUGUUUCUUUUGCCCAAACAAGUUUGCGAUAAAACUAUUCCCCAUUUUUUUUAGGGGAGGGGAUUGUGCUUUAGGCUGGAUUAUUUCCAAUAAUUUCUUAGUGAUCACCAUUUCAAGACAAAGUUUAUUCAGGAGAAAAUCUAAACAAAUCACAAACAAAAAUUAAAGACUAUUAUUGCUAAAGCAAAUAUAAUGGAGCUGUUGCUUUCCCACAAUUCUGAAAAGAAAGUGAUUUGCAACAUGAAGAGUAAUGCGGGUAGUUCUGAUUCAGUGCAAAGGACAACAGCUGGACUUUUAAACAUUAAAACACUGCUUUUAAAGAGA